CGUAAUGGGUCGACAAACACUAUAUAUGCCAGUCGUCCCGGACAUCGGCAGACUGAAAGAUCAGGAUCGCUGAAGGAAAAAAAAAUUAAAAAAAAAAAAAAGAGAAAAGGAGACUCCUUUGUUUCAUCGAAAGCAGACAACUCAAUAUGCAGUGUUAUCAAUCUGUUCCCGUGUUCCCAACCGAUACUUCACUCGCGUUAGGACAUGGGAUUUUCGACCAAGACUUUCAGCCUUUCAACCCCUUCUGUGACCCCGGGUCCAUGGAAAUAAUCAUGUCAUCUCAGUGUGUAAGCAGUGAGGAGGAAUCUGGGGAUGAGACACAAGGGCGUAUUUUGACAAACUCGUCAAUCCUCGACUCACAAACUGAGGCAGAGAAGCUGCAGAUCAGCCAGUCGAAGGCUGCCAGACGGAAAGAACGAAACAAAGAGGCGGCCAGGAAAUCGAACGAGGCCAAGAAGACGUUUCGAGACAACCUGCAAAAGAAAUCAGUGGAACUGCUUGAGCAGAAGCUGCAGCUGGAGCAGGAUAUCAAAGACCUGCGCAACCAGCUGAACCACUAUGCUCUGCUGUACAACCACAUCACGCACGUGUGCGACCAUCCGCCGCACGGCAACGCCCCCGAACGCCGCCUUUGACAUCACGUUACGUCACUCGAGGACCGUUCGAGACUGAUCUGCCUCCAUUCCUGACCUCAGCAAACGGCUUUGUCUUCCUCCUUGCAAGGUGCUCUGAGCUUUGAAGACGAAUCUCAGGUACUCCAUCGCCACCUGGACCACCACCCCACAGUGUGAGGAUCUGUGGUCAGGUUUCCUGAACCUUGUAAUAAUGUGGCGCGUGCUAGAGUAGACGUUAAAGUUAAACUACUGUUGAUGCUGCAGGUUGGUUGAUGGACAGCUGUUAGUCUCCCCUGGUCGCUAAGAUGGCAUCAUAUUCCUUGAAUUGCCUUCACACGGGUGGCGCUGCCUUUUUCUGUUAAAUAUCGAGAGGUAUGCAGCAGAUGUAGACCGAUUUCUGGUUUACAAGAUAUAUUUUAUAUCUGUGGCGACUUUCCCGUGCUGAUGUUGCAAGUCAAAGGUACUUUUUGUCAUUUCAGGCAAGCAAUGAAACUCUUGAUUAGCGAAUGUAACCAUGGUCAUGGACACUAUGACUGUAACUUCUAGAAAAUAGCGCACUACACACAUUCUACGGGCCAUGCAUUGUGUCAUUUAACAUUUAUGAUGUGAAUGCUUUUCUCUUUAAGUGAAGAUUAUAGUUUAUAUUCACACUUACAUACACAUACAUUCAUAUUGUUAUCCCUUUGACGACGCCAGAUCAUGUAAUUGUAUUAUUAUGUGUCAGUUUCGUGAUAUUCAGAAAAAAACUGUUUGAUUUCAGUGUCAUUGAAACUUUUCAAAGAAACAAAAGAUAAUCUGAACUACAUCACUUGACCCAGUGACUUUUAGAGAAGAAAAGAAUGUACAGUUUCUUUCGAUAAUUUUUUGGUAGCUAAACACGUUUUUUUUUCUUUUUGUUUUUUUUUUUUUUUUUUUUUUUUUUUUUUUUUUUGUUUUGUUUUGCUACCUAUUUUUUCUGUCCAAGAAUUUUAUAAAUAUAUAUAUAUAUUGUGAUUCAUGUUAACCGUUUUCGAUGACAAAGUUGAAUAUUUUGUUAGAUUAUUAUUAUAUUUUUCUUGCCUUUUCAGACUACCCUGAUGUUUCUAGCCUGUAACAUUUUUUUCUUGCGUUUUAAAUGUUCGGCCGUCAUUUGCUUUGGAUAAUUAGACAGGGUAGAUAACUGCGAUAUCGUGAAGAAAUAUUGUGAUCAACAUAAUUCAUAAUUUUAUGUGAAUUGUUAUCUGCAUUUUGCUCAUGUGCCAGUGUCUGUAAAAACAGUAAAGUGCAGCGAGCCCACAGAAAAUUUCUGGGUCUCGGCAGAGAUGCCUUCCCAGGAUUGUCUGGAGUCAGGCUCGCUCCACUGAGGUUCAGAAUCCACUGGCACUGUCAUCAUGCAGAUGACCCUAACCUUAACCAGUUGUCACUAUUCACGAGCUGAGUAGGUAAAGAUCAUCAUUCAUAAUAACCGCAUGCUUUCAAGAUACUAAUGAUGCUACUAAUUCUUCAUGCAUAAUUCUUAUUUUUCGUUCUUAGUCGCACAAAAAAUCUGGACACACCCGAUGGACAGGGAUGUAUUAGUUUGUUCUUUUCCCCGGUUACACUUUAAAUGUGAUUCUCAGGAAACGAAGGAGAAAAAUAAUUAACCUAGUAAUCAAAGGAGUUAAGCGGGCAUUGGUAAACUGUUACAUAAUGUUUGAGGCAUUGAUCGGUUGUUGAUGCUGGAUUAUAUUGUUUUGAAAUCGGCGACGAGUUUCAAUUUCAAUUAACUCCAGCAUCUCUCAGCAUCUUUGUCUGCAACCAUUUCUUACAUAUCAAACAUCUUUGUAAACAUCUCUCGCAUAUGAUACAUCUUUGUUUGCCAGCUUCAUUUAUUCAACUCUUCCAUCUUUGGGUUUGGGUGUUGCAAGGCAUGACGGCCUGUGUUCCGGAGGAGCAGGACUGACAUCUUUGUCCUCGGCCGCUUUUUCUCUGCUUGGCUCGUGUUGACGAAAUGUUUUGUAUAUACAUGUAUGUGAAGCUUAGCUCUGUGAAGUUGACUGAUGUCCUGGGUCAAACAGUCUCUGUCAGCCAUAGGCUAUUCAUCAUGUGUACGGUGAUGUCUGGGUUAUUUUUGUGGUGUUUUUCCUGAAUUUUAACAGCGCCUGAGGAGGGUUCUUGCUGUGUGUGUUUUACAGACAUGCUCACACGCACUAACGCACUGACACACACACACACACGCGCUCGACAUCAGUUCGCAAGAUUUACAACUUUAGUUUGAGUGCUCUGAUUUGACAAAACAUGAUUGAACAUAAACGUGAAUUGGGAAAACCCACAGCCAUAUACCUCGAGAGGGGUUCUACUUGUGGGUUCCCAGAAACGUUAUCGUUCACACAUACACACAUACAUACACAUAUGGGCGCGCGCAUACCCACACACGACAGAUUUGUUAACCAUCUGAAAAUGUUUUCCAUUUGUGCUUUAAUGUAAGGGAAAUAUUUUGUAACGUAUUGUUUGCUUGUUUUGUAAAGUCGCUGACAUUAUACAGCAACUGCUUUUUGUAGUUAAACUGUUUGUAUCAGAGAAGCUUGAUGUUCGUCACCUUAGCUUCAUAUAUGUAUAUUCAGUAUCUGUGGCAUUCAUGGAAGCAGUGGUUAAUAAAGGUGCCACAGAGCUUGAGAGGAUUUUUACAUAAACGCUCCCACGCACGCACGUACAUACACGUCACACAGACAUGCACACUCUCUCCUCCUCUCACACACACAAACACACAAACACAAAAGCGCGCGCACAGAGAGAGAGAGAGAACGAGAGAGAGAGAGAGCUGUCAAUGACAAAAGCUUAAGGAAGCUUCAUUUAGUUGUAAACUGUACAAAACCUUUUAUUAAAAGUCUUAAAGUAUUGUGAUGUAUUAGUGUGUAAACCAACAAAAGGUAACAGUUUUAAAUGGUAAGCCAAGUACAUAAUUAUUUUCAAAUGAUUGGUUUUUGUUUAAAAGUUUAAGGUACAGUUUCCUCAAAUCUGAAAGAAAACGCUGUUGUAGUUCCCACACUGAGUUUUCAAGGAGGUUUAGUCCUAAUUUGUUAUAUUAUCUGCUUGCUGAUUGGUUAACGCCUGAUUAGCAUCAAGGUAUACCAUUGGCUGGGCCUCCAGUAACGUCUGAAGUAUUUAAGUCGAUCUGCCAUGAAGAAACAAAAAUUGACUUUGCAUUUAAAAACAAAUAAUAUCAGUAUGUUGUGUGAAGGUUUGCCGAGUUAUAUUUUAACACGAUCCACACAGAGCGAAGAAGUUUUACUCGUGAGUUCACAGACAAGCUGAUACACACACACACAUAAUGAUGUGUUUUCAUUAGCUCAAGUUUUCCUGACCUGUUCAUUGUGGAAAAUAUAACUUCGCCUCACGCUACAGUUGGCACAUGACAAUAAAUAUUGAAACAUUCUGAGUGGCUCAAACCUUCCUGUCCUCAUACAAGGUGGGAAAGAUUUCCACACACGGGAGACUUGAUAGGAGGGAAGACUUCUCCCACUUCUGACAAACAAGCUACAAAAUCACCGACGGAACUGUUUGUCUUUAUAGUCAACACUAUUAUUACAGUUUAGAUAACAAUGUAUGCCUAUGCUGGUUGUUGUCUAUGUAACAAUGUGUCUUAGUUCUGUAGUACUUUGUGUAACAAUGUAAAGUUAGCGAGGCCAUUGUUUGAUUGUUUUGAGACACAUGCAUAUCUAGUGGUGUUAUUGUCACAAUGUAUAUUGUGGUUGCUAUUGAUAUAACAAUGUGUGCUUUGUGGUUAUUGUGUACUUAGUUUUGUGACAUAUUGUUUGCGAGAAGACUGACUGAUAUGGUUGGUUGCACUGCUGAGUAUUACUUUGAAAGUAAGAGAAACGCUGGCACCAGCCUCCAGAACGGUUACUCGCACGAUUUGAUUUUCGAGUACUAAGAUAUACAGAUAUAUAUAUAUAGACCUGGGCAGGUGUUUCCACAAAUGCAGGUAAGUGUGAGAUGAGUAUGAGUCUUUAACACUUCUGUUUGUCUGCAUCUUAUAACCACUCGCUUCGAAAGGUAACGAAACUUGUUAUUCUGAACAUAUAUUCUUUUCCACUUUAAAUAAACAGUUUGUUUUCCUA